AUGGAUCACCAUCUGCCUAGCAUGGCUUCUGAAGCCGUCGACGUUGAAAAUGUCCAGAAGGAAAAGCAUGAUCUGCCGAUUGACGGGGACAAAGUUGAUAUCGGGUCCUGUCGGGAGGAUGCGUUCGGCAACGAGGAGCACGCGCAGGUCAAAUAUAAGACCUUGAAAUGGUGGCAAUGCGGUCUGCUCAUGGUGGCCGAGACCGUUUCUCUCGGUGUUCUCGCCUUACCAUCGGCAAUCGCAGCACUGGGACUGGGCCCUGCGCUGGGAAUUCUCAUCGGUCUGGGUGGUUUGGCCACCUAUACAGGCUAUGUGACGGGGCAGUUCAAAUGGCGGUACCCUCAUGUGUCGAGCACUGCGGACGCCGGUGAAGUCUUAAUGGGCCGUUUCGGCCGGGAGUUGCUAUUCGGCAGUAACAUUUUGUAUCUGGUCUUUCUAAUGGCGAGUCAUAUAUUGACCUUCACGGUGGCCAUGAACACGAUCACCAAACAUGCCACCUGCUCUAUCGUCUUUGGGGUUGUCGGGCUAGUGCUUUCCUUCUUGUUUGCUCUUCCCCGAACCCUGAAGGGCAUGACAUGGCUUUCGGCUAUUUCGUUUACGAGCAUCAUGGCCGCCCUGUUCUUAACGAUCAUUGCUGUCGGCGUUCAGAACGACGAGAAACCAGUCAAGGCCGCCGUGAAGACCGACCUAGUCACUGGCUUCACGGCUGCAUCUAACAUUGUCUUUACCUUCGCAACCCACAAUACUUUCUUCACUAUGAUGUCAGAGCUCAAAGAGCCAAGGGAAUUUCCGAAGUCUCUGGCCAUGCUGCAAGGUCUUGACCUUUCCAUCUAUCUUGUUGCAUCUGUAGUUAUCUACCGAUAUGCAGGAGAAGACGUGACUUCCCCUGCCUUAGGAUCCGCCGGGCCUCUGAUCUCGAGGAUCGCCUACGGAAUUGCUCUACCGACAAUUGUUAUUGCUGGUGUGAUUAUCAGCCACAUCGCCUGUAAACAGAUCUACAUCCGACUGCAUGCCGGGACAGCACGCAUUCAUACGAAGGAUUUCGUAUCUGUCGGGUCCUGGGUCGGCAUUGUGGGCUGUCUUUGGAUCAUUGCCUGGAUCAUCGCCAUGUCUAUUCCAGUUUUCAACAGUCUCCUUAGUUUGAUUGUUUCUUUGUUUGCAAGUUGGUUCUCCUUCGCGCUUCCUGGCAUCUUCUGGUUCUGGAUGAACAAGGGGCGUUGGUUCGCAUCGCCUCGCAAGAUCCUUUUAUCUUGCAUCAACGUUCUUGCUAUCGUCGUGGGCCUUACUCUGUGUGGUCUGGGUCUCUACACCUCCGGCAAAACGAUACACGACGAUCCUAGCAGCGCAAGUUUCUCUUGUGCUGAUAAUUCGUGA